AUGAUGGAUUUGAAAGAAAUCAUAAAGUGGUUUAUACUGUGUUUCCACGUUUUGCUAAUCUAUAAAACAAGGAAAACUAACGUUAAUUUGACUUUCAUAUGUUUGUUUUUACUUUUUAAUUCACGAUUUGCUCUAGGGGCAAAUGUAAAUAGUGAUAGUGACAUAGAAAUAAGCCAUAAUGAAAUUAAUAUGAAAAAUGACGAUUUACAUUUAAGUAGCAAUGGUAGUAGCUUUAUAUUUAACCAAAGUGAAAAUUUUAAUGGUAGUAACAAAUACAAAAAUGAACAGCGGGGUUUAUCGGCAGAUACAUCUGCAGGUACAACUUUCGGGGUGCGGUUUAAGAAAAUGGCUCAGGCGCUCAUCCCACUGGUGUUCCAGAUGGGCGCAGCUGCUACGUGGGCCAUAGUGGCUGCCCUCGUCGGCAUCAAGACCCUGGGCGUCACCCUGAUUAUUCUCAAGUUGCUACUGGUAGCCGGCGCAGUUAAGAUUGGCGCCUUAUUUGGUCAUAAAGGACAUCAUAGUACUGGCUGGGAACCAUCUCAUCCACCGCAGAAAGAAAUCCAUUUACACAUACAUAACGGCCACCAUGGACAUAGCGCGCCCGAAGAACACGUACCUUUUACUUCCUGGAGUAGAGACGGUGUGCAGAGUACUCCUGAAAUUAAAAACGUCAACGUUGCGUAUGAACCUUAUGUUGCUGGACCACAAACAAUAAAUACACCAUACGGAAAUUAUGUAAAAAUUGAUUCUAGGCCCAAUACACAUGUUGUGAAAUAA